UACAAUAUGGCGGCUGUAUCCUAACGCUCUUGGGCAAGGGGCCACCGCGGAGGUCCCAGCACAGGAUCCCGCCUCAGGGAGAGGAGGGCAGGUCCCGGUCUUCCUGCCCUUGUCUUUUCCGCGCAGGGUCGGCCAGGGGUUGUCGCCGACUCUCGCGCGCAGGAUGAAGAACUAUAAAGCAAUUGGCAAAAUAGGAGAGGGAACAUUUUCUGAAGUCAUGAAGAUGCAGAGCCUGAGAGAUGGAAACUACUAUGCAUGUAAGCAAAUGAAACAGCACUUUGAAAGUAUUGAGCAGGUGAACAACCUACGAGAGGUACAAGCUCUGAGGCGUCUGAAUCCACACCCAAACAUUCUUACGUUGCAUGAAGUAGUUUUUGACAGAAAAUCUGGUUCUCUUGCACUUAUAUGUGAACUUAUGGACAUGAAUAUUUAUGAGCUCAUACGAGGAAGAAGACACCCAUUAUCAGAAAAAAAAAUCAGGCACUAUAUGUAUCAGUUAUGCAGAUCCCUUGAUCACAUGCAUAGAAAUGGAAUAUUUCACAGAGAUGUAAAACCAGAAAAUAUACUCAUAAAGCAGGAUGUCCUGAAACUGGGGGACUUUGGGUCCUGCCGGAGUGUCUAUUCCAAGCAGCCGUACACGGAAUACAUCUCCACCCGCUGGUACCGGGCCCCGGAGUGUCUCCUCACUGAUGGCUUCUACACAUACAAGAUGGACCUGUGGAGUGCAGGAUGUGUGUUCUAUGAGAUCGCCAGUCUGCAGCCCCUCUUCCCUGGAGCAAAUGAACUGGACCAGAUCUCAAAAAUCCAUGAUGUCAUUGGCACACCCGCUCAGAAGACCCUCACCAAGUUCAAACAGUCGAGAGCUAUGAGUUUUGAUUUUCCUUUUAAAAAGGGAUCAGGAAUACCUCAACUGACAACCACUUUGUCCCCGCAAUGUCUCUCCCUCCUGCAUGCAAUGGUGGCCUAUGACCCUGACGAGCGCAUCGCUGCCCACCAGGCCCUGCUGCAUCCCUACUUCCAGGAGCAGAGGGUGGCCGAGAAGCAUGCCCUGGCCAGCCACAGAAGGGCUUUCUUUCCAGAGCACCCCAUGGGGCCCGAACUACUCGGUCUCAACGGGCAGUUCUCAAAGGAGGGCAGAAGGCAGAAACAGCCCCUGAGGCAAGAGGAGGACCAUGGCAAGAGACGGGGACCGGCCUGCCUGAUGGAACUGCCCAAAUUGAGGCUUUCGGGAGUGACCAAGCUGUCAUACUCCAGCCCCACACUGCAGUCAGUGUUCAGUUCUGGGACCAAUGGAAGAGUCCCCAUGUUGAGACCCUUGAAGUGCUUGGGUGCCAACAAGAAGAUAGACACACAGAAGGACAUCAAGCCUAGCCUGAAACAGUGCCGCCUGCCCACCAUCGACAGGAGAGGCGGAGGGUGCUGAGGCGGCCCGUGCCUCCUUCGA